GUGCAUUUUGCUUUGAAUGUAUGCAUAGCAAGUGUUCAGUAUACAAGUGGUUGUGGUUGAGUUCAGACAAACCAACGAAAGAGUCCAAAAAGGAGCACGAUACAUUUUUUUAAUUCGUAGAAUUAAAACGAAAAACAGCAAAAAAAAGUUGUGCAAAAUGGAAUUGAAGGAUCCAAUAAGUUUAAGUGAAUUACUGGCAAAGCCGAUUACGUUCACUGUAGAAGGUAGUUCAAUUGAUAGAAAUGACGAAGAUUUGAUCAACGAUGAUAUUGAUGAUUAUGAACCGGUGGUGCAAAAAACACCAUGGCUCUAUAGUUUCGAUGAGCUGAAACAAACAAUGCAGAAAAUUCCCAAGCACGAAAUUUACAAGCGUACUAUUACCGAAGGAACCGGCGAAAUGAUGGGCCAGCGAAAAUGUUCAAUUAAAUGGAGCUACAGUGUGUUUUUUGAAAAGGCAGAGCAUUCAUAUGAUUCGAGUUUCGUUGCUGGAGCCAGUGUCAAAUCGUGUAUGUUUGAUGAGCUCUUGACUGGUCUAUGGUUUGCCGUUGAAACAAUGCGCAAAGGUGAGGAAUCACACUUUGUCAUCGACUAUCGUUUAAUGUACGGUGAAUUGGGUCACAUGAUUGGUGAAAUAAAGGUUAAGCCAAAAGCAGACGUUUUGCUUGUUGCAAAAUUGGUCGAUUUUCGUGAAGUUGGCUGUGAAAAUGCUUGCGACACAUUAACUGAUGACGAAUUGCGUCAAUUUUGUAUGGUCAAAGAGAAAGCCAUGGAAAUGUUGAAAAAAGUUAAGGACCUUCGUCGAAAAGGUUUUUAUUCACGUGCCAUUCCCGUAAACAUGGAAAUAAUUCAACGUUUGAAAUUUUCAAACACGAAAAAUGACAACGAAACCAAAGAAUGCAAUCGGUUGUUGGUUGAUGUUUACGAAAAACUCAUCGAUUGUUGUAACAAAACUGAAGACUAUAAAAAAGCGGUUAAAAUGGUCAAUGAGCUAAGUCAAAUUUCAAACAUUAAGAAAAAUGUUGGCGUUCUGGUUAAUGCGGCCAUCGCACACAGCAAAACUGAUGAUGAUUUCCGCUGGUCGAUUCAAUUGCUACGCAUCGCACAAGCACUCGAUCCAAAAGAUGACCGUGUCAGUCGUACAUUGGCUGACAUUCACAAGGAACAAGAUAAGUACAAGAACGAUACAAAAACUUUCCUACAACGAGCAUUUCAAUCGAAGCCCCAGCAACAGGCAAAUCAAUCGUCGCUAAAAGUGAAUGCCGAAUGCAUCGAACUGUCGGAAAUACAGAAACAAUUUGGUAAACUUGAUAUUGGUUCGAACACCGAACUCAUCGGAUACACAACUGAAGAAUUGAAGAAACUUCAGGAAGACGUCAAACAUGAUCCGAAGUAUGAAAUACAGUACAAUUGUGCCGACGGAAAAUUAAAACAUUUCAUCAAAAGGAUUGCAUAGAAUUCACGUUAUUUAUUUCCUCAUUCAAGAAGAUUAAAAUAAAAAAUAACAAGAACAUUAAAAUCCAUUUAUACGUUUCAAAUUGAAAUGUAAAUUAAAACAUAUUGCGUUCAUUUUGCGCAUAAAUAACAUUUUGUUCAUAAAUUUAAAUUGCAAAUGAUAAAAUCAUUUUAUAGAUUCAAAAAUAAAUAUUAAUUUUGUCUAUUCAAAGGGAA